GAAUAAUUGUGUCUAAGCUGAGUGUGUAUCUCAUGUGUAAAGCGCCGCUCUGGGCAGGUGAGGUUGUGGAGCGCGGCUCGUUAUAAUUUAUAAAUGACCUAUUAGAACGCGGGGCUCAGCAAAAACGCGGCUCAAAGUCCUUUAGCACACUAAGAACAGGCGAGGAAGUGUUCGCGUGACCAGCCGGGCUCCUCGCCGCCUCUGUGGGAAGUAAAGGACGCAAUAAAACCUCACCGCCGGGACUUGCGUUUUAUAGUUUUGUGAUAGGAGGGUGUACCCGGGCCCAGAAUGGCGGGCCCCCCCAGUCCUGAUCAUGGAAUGAAGCAGCUGGCGCUGAGUGAAGCAGAACUGGAGGAACUCGCUCCCAGAUCUCAGGAUGAUGGACCCCGGCUGAUCUCCAGAAUGAAGAAGAGCCUCCGAUGUUCUGGGACGGUCCUGAAAUCCCUUCUCCUGAAAUUUAUUCCGAUACUUAGUUGGCUGCCGAGAUAUCCUGUGAAAGAGUGGCUGUUGGGGGAUGUAAUAUCCGGGAUCAGUGUUGGUAUCAUCCAACUCCCACAAGGUUUAGCGUACGCCUUGCUGGCCGGGGUCCCCCCUGUCUUUGGUCUUUACUCAUCAUUCUAUCCUGUAAUUCUUUACACCAUAUUCGGCACAUCCCGACACAUCUCCGCAGGGACUUUUGCCGUCAUCUCUGUGAUGGUUGGAAGUGUGACAGAGUCCCUGGCACCAUCUGACAGUUUUUUGAUACCGGGCAAUGACUCUAUGGUGGAUGAGGAAGCCAGGGAUGCUGCCAGGGUUCAGGUGGCAUCAGCCUUAACGUUGUUGGUUGGAAUAUUUCAGAUCUUGUUGGGUUUGAUGCAGUUUGGCUUUGUGGUGAUGUACCUUUCGGAGCCUCUGAUUCGCGGUUACACCAGCGCAGCGGCUGUUCACGUGGUUGUGUCGCAGGUUAAGAGCAUUCUGGGAGUAAAUAUCAGCCAACGGAGCCACCCGCUGUCUCUCAUCUAUACCAUUGUGAAUAUCUGCAGCCAGCUGCCCAAGACAAACGUCGCCUCUCUCCUCAUCGGUCUCAUCGCCAUCGCCGUCCUGUUCGCAGUGAAGUUCCUGAACGAGAAAUAUAUUUCGAAGAUUCGAUUUCCUAUACCGAUCGAGUUAAUCACGCUAAUUGUGGCCACUGGGAUAGCGUACGGGGCCGAUCUCAACAGAGCGUAUGGCGUGGACAUUGUUGGAGACAUCCCAACUGGGCUGAAGGCUCCAUUCGUGCCAGACGUUUCCCUCUUUGCCAGUGUGGUUGGCAAUGCCUUUGCCAUAGCGGUGGUGGUCUACGCCUUUACCAUCUCUUUAGUGAAGAUGUUCGCAGUGAAACACGGUUACAACAUAGACAGUAACCAGGAAUUCAUCGCUCUGGGCCUCAGUAAUGCUGUGGGAAGUUUCUUCCAGUGUUUCACCAUUGGGACGGCCAUGUCGAGGAGUCUGGUACAGGAGAGCACAGGAGGGAACAGCCAGGUGGCGGGAGCCGUGUCAUGUUUGGUUAUCCUCAUCAUCAUUCUGAAGGCCGGCGAGCUGUUUAAAACGUUGCCAAAGGCCAUCCUGGCAUCCGUUGUGAUCGUGAAUUUGAAGGGCAUCUUCAAGCAGUUCAGAGACAUCCCCUUGCUAUGGAGAACAAACAGAAUUGACUUGGUGGUCUGGUUGGUGACAUUUGUGGCCACGAUACUCCUGAACUUAGACCUGGGACUGGCGGUCUCUGUGGCCUUCUCUCUACUGACUGUCAUCUUUAGGACGCAGCUACCUCAUUACUCCAUUCUUGGGCAAGUUCCCAGAACACAUAUUUACAGGGAUGUGGCUCAGUACCAACAGGUCCAGGAAGUCCAGGGUAUUAAGAUCUUCAGGUCUUCAUCCACAAUUUACUUUGCCAACGCGGAUUUAUAUGCAAAUGCCGUUAAAAAGAUGAGUGGAAUGGAAGUGGAUAAACUUAUUGAAUUGAAGAAAAAGGCCAAUAAAAAGGAAGCUCAACUAAAGAAUAAGGCCGAAAAACAGGCUAAGAAGGAACUGAAACGAAGGAAAGGAGAGAUGGCGCCGGACAAAGCGAAUGAACUGGAUUCGAUUGGCGUUCACAGUCCGGGAACCACAGAUCCGGAGUUCCAACAAGACUAUGGAAUCUUAGAAGAGAGCGCCGUAAACUGCCUGGAACACAACAAAUCCCCCAUCCAUUCCCUCAUCCUGGAUCUGAGCACCGUUAGUUUUGUAGACACCGUCAGCACGAAGAUGCUGAAAAACCUCUUUCGUGAUUUCCAUGAAAUCGAUGUGAAUGUUUACCUCGCUGGGUGUCAUGAGAACGUUCUGGAGCAGCUAGAGGUGGGAAGCUUUUUCAGCAAGACGAUCACCAAGUCUCAGUUAUUCCCCUCUGUCCAUGAUGCCGUCACUUACAUCGCACAGAUAUCCGGACCGCAAGAACCAAAAGACAAGCAUAUCUUUUCCACAAGGAUAUGAAAAGAAGAGAGCUCCAAAGAAGAAGGGCAGCACUGGAGAAGUCUAGAAGAAUGUCCCAUUAAACCAUCAUAACUUUGUGGAUGUUUUGGAGCUCCCCUGAGGACACUUUGCUGCUUCUACUGCCACCUUGUGGAAGAUUUUAGUUCUUCACCAAAAAGUGUUCUUUGUAUUUUGUACAGAAUAACUUCAGGACCUGAUUAUGAUUUUGGAAGAACUUUGACCCUUUCAGGGCAUUUUUAUUUUUUUACAGUGAUCUCCUGCCACCAAGACUUUGUGUUCCUUUUGAGUUUGUCUGAGUGUUUGUAACUUGGCAGGCCAUUCAGAAUGAUGUGAUGAGGAUGGAGAGGAGGAUUGCACACAGUGUUU